CCGUGCUUAAAAGUUGAGUAUUCCUUGCGCAAUUAAAAGGAUUAAAUAUUCUCAGAUCCUAUAGUUUAUACAACGGAGAUUCCCUCUAUAUAUAUAUAUCCAGAUCUCGUUAUGAAUAUAUAUCUCGUUAUGAAUAUGUGCAUGUAUAUAUAUAUAUAUCUCUAGAUGAAAUCAUGUAGAUAAAUACAAGCAGAGUUUGGGAUCACGGAGAAGAGCCAAAUCCCAAAAGAAUUUUUUUUUUUUUAUUUACAAGAAAAGCUCCCUUAAAAAUCCGAAGCUCUUCGCUACGGAUCGUCUCCUUCUGCCAUAAGCUUCCGAGAUCGGAGAUGGUAAGUAAGUAGAACACAUCUUUAAGCGCCUGCGGAACUGAACUUUGUGAAAGAAGAGAUGACUUCAAGCAAAGCUGACAGGAAAGCUGCUUUAGAUGUUGCGGCAUGGAUGUUCAACAUAGUGACUUCUGUUGGAAUAAUUAUGGUGAACAAAGCUUUAAUGGCCACCUAUGGCUUCAGUUUUGCGACAUCACUAACUGGCCUGCAUUUUGCAACCACGACUAUUAUGACAAUUGUUCUAAGGUGGUUGGGACUUGUUCAGCCCUCCCACUUACCUGUACCUGAACUCAUCAAGUUCGUCAUUUGUGCGAACUUGUCAAUUGUCGGCAUGAACGUCAGUCUGAUGUGGAAUUCCGUGGGGUUUUAUCAGAUAACGAAGCUCUGUAUGAUACCAGUAUCUUGUCUCCUAGAAGUUUUGUUGGAUAAGGUCCGUUAUUCUCGGGACACAAAGCUCAGUAUAGUGGUGGUUCUCGUAGGUGUUGCAGUUUGUACGGUCACCGACGUGAGCGUCAAUGCUAGAGGUGUAUUAGCAGCAACUAUAGCAGUUUGGAGCACUUCUUUGCAACAAUAUUAUGUUCAUUUUCUUCAACGGAAGUAUUCGCUUACGUCCUUCAACCUCUUGAGCCACACUGCUCCUGGCCAGGCAGCAUCUCUUCUGCUAGUAGGGCCUUUCAUGGAUUUCUGGUUGACCAGCAAACGGGUGGACGCGUUCAACUACACUGUGCCUUCUGUGCUUUUCAUAAUCUCGUCAUGCUCGAUAGCGGUUGGAACCAACCUGAGCCAAUUCAUAUGCAUAGGUCGAUUCUCGGCGGUGUCUUUCCAGGUGAUAGGUCACAUGAAGACGAUACUCGUGUUGAUCCUCGGAUUCACCUUCUUCGGAAAGGAGGGUCUCAACUUUCACGUAGUUCUCGGCAUGAUCCUAGCUGUUAUAGGAAUGGUUUGGUACGGCAACGCCUCGGCAAAACCCGGGGGGAAGGAACGUCGAAGCUAUCCGGUUGUAGAAAGAUUGCAGAAGCCUGUCAGCAGUUCAGACUCAAAAGCAGUUGAGGAGGUCUAAAAUCGACCCGUUCGCAGUUUAGAUUCCUCAAAUUUAGUGACAGAAGCAAAAUUAGUUGAAUUACUAACACAAUCAUAGUUUUGUUUCAUUGAUAUUUCUUUUCUAUAUCGAAAUCUUUGUUUUAAUGGUCACAAAUUCCCUCCUCGGGAGUAAGUUAUUCUUUAGGUAUAUAGUGAUUGGCUAUACCUCAUUUAUCCAAGCUUGUAAAAGAACUACAGUUUUUCAACAGUUUAUGUUGCAUUUUGAGACUCUUUGGACAAAUUUUUAGUAAACAAGGUUCAUAUAAA